UACAACGUUCGCUAGGUGUUCAAAAACCCAUGCGAGGUGGUGACAGUGUUACUCAUUCAAACUCUGGGAGCCAUGGUGCCAUCCAUCACCGUGUGUCUUGGCACAGCCAUGGAGAGGGCAGCUCAAGAGGAACGUCUUGAAAUCCUGCUGGAGCUGCAUCAAACCACAGUCACCUUUGCCCACAGCCUGGAGACGGCCAUGCUGCCUAAUCUCGGUAAAAAUAACCUGCUGAAAGUGACCGAGUUGGUUUGCACACUCUACGACCCCUUUAAGUCCUAUCAGCUGCAGUAUGGCGAUCUGGAGGAAGGUCUUCUACUCGUCCAACUCAGUGCCGUACCUUUGGAACAUGGGGAGAUUAUUGACUGUGUAGAAGAGUUGGUCCACUCUGUCGGCAAAGUGUUUGGCCUGGCCAAUGCUUCUGUGGAGCGUUUCGUCAAGCUGACCGAUGGACUAGCAGUCUGUGGUCUCGUUAAAGCUCUCAAAGCUCUAUUUACCAAGUACAUAUCGGACUUUUCCAGAACACUACAGUCGAUCAGAAAAAAGUGUAAAUUGGACGAGACGCCAAGUUUAUCUGUUUUCCAGGAGGACUGGACAGCUUUCCAGAAUUCCGUUAGAAUUAUUUCCGCGUGUGGGGAAUUAUUAAGACAGUACGGAGCCUUUGAACAGCAUCUGUCAAACAAAAUUCUAAGUACAGCGGGUAAAUACUUGUCAGAUUCAUAUAGUCCUCGUAGUCUGGCAGGAAUCCAGGAGGUUAGCUCUGCAGAGUGGAAGAGCACCACCAAGAACCCCUGGCAGGAGUACAACUACCUCCAGAGGGGCAACACAGCUGAGUACAACAACUUCUUGGAAGUCCUCUACUCAAUAAAGGAGAAAGGAACAGGAAAUUCCAGCCUUUUAGUUGAACCCCGUGCAAAUGUGACCAGACUCAACCAGCAGGCCAUUCAGCUUGCCUUUGAUUCCGUCUUUCUGCAGAUUAAACAUCAACUCUGCCUUAUCUCCAAAAUGGAGGUGAUUAAGUUUCAUGGUUUCUAAUGUGUUUGACUGUGGAGACCUUACCAAGCUUUUGGAUCUACACUAUAUGACCAAAAGUAUUGGCUCACCG